CAAAUAUUUUUCCUAGGAAUAAUUGGCCUAUUCCGAAUCCAAUAAACAUCAAUUACGCAUUUCUGUUUCUCCACUCCUUAAUAAUGUCUCUUUUACUUAAUAUGUAUUGUGGCCUAAAUAAAUGAGCCAUAUAUAUUACUCCUAUCUAUGGAGUAUAAAAUGUGAUGUCCGUUAAAAUAUUACUAGUAUUAUUAUCUAAUAAAUGAUGAGUGGAUAAGUACUUUUUUUAA